AUGAGCAUCUGUCGCUGGUGCACACCUGGGGGCUCUGUCACAGCAGAUCUGCUGAAGAGCUAUGCUGUUAAUGAACUACAAAAUGAGGAUUUUAUUGGCGCCAACGAUGACCUCUCCUAUUGCAUGGAAUGUGUGGUGGAAUACCACAGAGCCAGAGAUGUCGUUCCACAGCUUUACAAGUCUCUGUGGACCUUGGAAACAUUACGGCUUAUUGCACAGUUGGAAAAUGCAAUGCGGGAAGAGAUUGAGGAUCUUCUAGUUGAAGAAGAUGGAGAGAAACAAUUCUAUGGCUACAGUGACUGCAGUUUUGAGGAAAAGGUCCGGGUACCAUUAUUGGAGAUCCUCAAGUUUCCAUACUUGCUUGUUGACAAACGUGUUGAUGAAAGCUCAAACCCCUUUUGGCCUGCUCUUCACUGCUUCAUGACCAUCCUCGAUCGCUUGGGUUCCAAAGUAUGGGGGCAGCUCAUUGAUCCCAUUCGGGCAUUUCAGACUAUCAUAGGGAGCCAAAGUUACAACAACGAGAUUGAAAACAUCAGGAAAAACUGUUGGAGGACGACAAAGAGUGAGCUAAAUCCAGAUGAUGAUGAUGACUUUGUGACAUGUAGACAAGCUGUGUACAGUUUUUAUACUGAAAAAGUUAAAAAGGAAGCUGGUUGGAAAAGUGCAAUUUGCCCAGACUAUUGUCCUAAUAUGUAUGAAGAUAUGCAGAGCCUUGCUAGCAUACUCCAAUCGGACAUUGGUCAGGAUAUUCGUGUCCACAAUAGCACCUUUCUAUGGUUCAUUCCUUAUGUUCAAUCUGUCAUGGACCUUAAAGACUUAGGAGUUGCUUACAUUAUGGAAGUGAUUCACCACCUGUACUCUGAAAUAAAGGUGAUCUUCACUCAGGCAAGCAGCCAGUGUGACAAAGUGACAUAAUUCUUUGUCAGAGUCUUGGUUGCUAUGAUUGAACUGCAUAGAAGUAAAAAGUGCCUUCAUUUCCUCUGGAUCAGCUCGCACAAGUGGGUUGAAGCCAUUGCCAAGUGUUCCCUUCUUCCAGUCAAAAGCCCAAGAGUUACAUCCACCUCGGCUUUACCUUCUUCCCCCAUUUCUCAGACUCCUUCUGUGCAAUUUGCUUGCAUGCAGUUAAUAAGGAGCCUUUUACAAGAAGGUUUUCAGUUGGGGCAGCAAGCAGCUUGCAAACAAUAUUUAGACAAAUUCAACCUGAUUAUCGGAGGAAAUUUACUAAAACUUGGGGCCAGGAGAAGAACUUCAAGCUCCCCUCUCGAUGUCAUUGCAAAAGCUCUAAGCUUGAAGCCAAUCACAGCAAAUGUAGUGGCUGAAAGUAAAAUAAGCAGCAGUGAAGGGAACUCCAGCACUGCACAAAGAGAAUAUAAAACGGCUAAAGAGCAGAAAGAUAUGUUGCUAAAAGCAAAAAGUUGCGGUAAUGAAAGGGAGUCAGAUGAUUUAAAUGAUGGUGAUGAAAACCUAUCUCAGAAAGAGCGUGUCAAAAAAUGUGUGGACAGAAGUCAACGGACCAAUACUGACAGUCUUCCUAGAGAAUUUCAAGAGGUUGCUGAGGUCAGCUCUUCCAGCUUUGUAGAAAGCAAUAUUGACUCUGGCUCUGUAGUUGACAGUGAAAUAGAUGAUCUUCCCUUGUCUGUGCUUAAGAAAAAGCUGCUAAGGAAAAAUUACAAAAAGUCAGCUCUUAUAAAAACUAAAAUGAAUCGCGAUUACACAGCAGAGGUGGCACAGAUGAAAGGUUCAAGUUUUUCUGUUGAUUCAAAUCAGCAGGGGUCUGAUGUACCAGAGUAUUCUCUAAAGAGGAAAGUUAAAGGAGCUAUUGAGGAUGACGAUAUUUCCUCCAAAGCAAAAUCUGAUCAUAUUAUAACAAUCUCAGAUGACACUGACCCAGAAGAACCGGUUUUCAGAUCUAUUUCAAUUCAAAAGCAGGACACUGGGCAAGAUACUUCAGAAAAACCAAUACAGAGACCAGAUCAAGUCAAGUCUGAGCCUGGCAAUCCAAGCUUUGAGGAGUAUGAUUCACAAUGUUUUGAAUUUGAAACCGAGGAUGAUAUAUAUUCUGUGUGGAGUGACUCACAGUUGGAGGAGAUGAAGCCUAAUAUUCAAGGCCAGAGACUAACAAUAUUGAGGACUUUGACCAAAACCAUGAUAUCAAUCAGUGGGGGUAUGACACCGACUAUGUUUCUGAUGAUAUAA